CCUGUCCCGGGACUGGCGGGGCCGGGGAGCCCGGUGCCCAAGUCGCCCCGGGGUGGCAGUUCCCGUUAACCUUAACCACAAAGUCAAGGAGAUGGGCCGGCGAUGAAGAUCAAGCAAGAGAAGCCCGAGUGGCCGCUGCCGAUGGUGGGGCCUCUGGGGCCGCAGGCCGUGCUUUCCGAGAGGGAUAAGGAAAACAUCUUCCAGCAGCAUCGGGGCCUUCCGCCGCCGUGCCAGACCGCCGGCAAGCCUCGGGCCUUGGGGGGCCAGGAGGAGACUGGGGGUCCGAGGUGGGCCCCUCCCCCUGAGCGGGCCGGGGCGCUGGCGGGCCGGGCCCUCUCCGCCGGCGAGGCUCACUUCGUGUGCCUGGACUGCGGGAAGCGGUUCAGCUGGUGGUCGUCCCUGAAGAUCCACCAGCGCACGCACACCGGGGAAAAGCCGUACCGGUGCGGCAAGUGCGGCAAGAGCUUCAGCCAGAAGCCCAACCUGGCGCGCCACCAGCGCCACCACACGGGCGAGCGGCCCUUCUGCUGCCCCGAGUGCGCCAGGCGCUUCAGCCAGAAGCAGCACCUGCUCAAGCACCAGAAGACCCACGCACGGCCCGCCACCCACUCGUGCCCCGAGUGCGCGCGCUGCUUCCGCCACCAGGUGGGCCUCCGCAUCCACCAGCGCGCGCACGCCCGGGCGGACCGUGCUGCCCUACCUCCCUGUAAUGGCCGCCUCCUCCUGCAACUCCUGUCCCAGCCCGCCUUGCUCAGGGACGCCAACCAGGUCGUUGGCGAGUUAGACCUCCCAGCCUCACGGGGCUGCUGUGCGGCUGCGGCGACGCUGGCGACUGCGGCGCUGCGGCGGCGACGGAGGGCUCGGGAGGCGGCGCCAUUGCCCAUGACAGAGCUGGCGUCCUCAGGGGGCGGGUCCCCUGCGGGGGACGGGGAGGAGGGUCUGGGGGACGACCGAGGCCUGGUCAUCCACCACCCCGCGGAGGAGCAGCCUCACCGCUGCCCGCUGUGCGGCCAGACCUUCUCGCAGCAGCCCAGCCUGGUGCGGCACCAGAAGGCGCACGCCGGGGUGGGCCGCGCGGCCGCCUUCGUGUGCCCCGAGUGCGGCAAGGCCUUCAGCGUGAAGCACAACCUGGAGGUGCACCAGCGCACGCACACCGGCGAGCGGCCCUUCCCCUGCCCGGAGUGCGGCCGCUGCUUCAGCCUCAAGCAGAACCUGCUCACUCACCAGCGCAUCCACAGCGGCGAGAAGCCGCACCAGUGCGCGCAGUGCGGCCGCUGCUUCCGCGAACCGCGCUUCCUGCUCAACCACCAGCGCACGCACGCGCGCAUGCCCGCCCCGCACCCGCGCCGCCCCGGCGUCUUCGGGGAGCGGCGGCCCUACUUCUGUGCCCGCUGCGGCAAGAGCUUCGCGCGCGAGGGCUCGCUCAAGACCCACCAGCGCAGCCACGGCCACGGGCCCGACGGCCAGGCGGCCCAUUUAGGCCGCGUGCUAUGACGCGCGCCAGGCCUGCGGCCGCCGGUGUCCAACCCCAGAGCCGCGUCCGGGACUCCUGGCGAUGGCGCUGGGCUGCGGCCCCCGUUCUGAAUUCGAUGAUCCUGAGAGACGAGGAGGGCUGGCUUGGGGUCUUGAAGGCGUGGGCCGCUGCCCAGCGUGGGCCGCCUCUUUCCGAGUCUUCACCCUACGGCUGGUCGCCCGCAGCUGCUUUGGGCCCCUGCAUUGGUUUUCCUCCUCUGGCUCACCCGGCCUAGAGUAGAUGUGGCAUGGGAAGGAGCCCUGGGCGGCGUGUGAGGCACAUCGGGGCCCAGCCUCUAGGAAUGGGUCCCUCUGGGGGCCUGCCCACCGGCAUGAGGACACGCCCCCUAAGAAGACCUACCUCGGGAGGUGCCGUGCAGAGAGGACCCAUGCAGCCUGGAAUUGGGGGCCUGUUCUGUGCCCUGGUGGAGUCACGGCCAGAGAACAGCUCGUCCUGGCUGCCCGGCCACAGACUUCCACUCUCGUGUGGCAGCAGGCACAGUGCCUGUGUGGAGAGCCAGCUUCUCUGCACCUCCCUGACCCACCAGAGACAGCAAGUAACUGGCCUAAGAGAACACAGCAAGUCCGUAGGAGGCCUGGCUACAGAGGUGAAGCCUUUCUCCCUGGGUGUGAACCAUUCUUGCAAGGCUCCGCUUUCCUUUCAGAGCACCAGUUCCUAAGACUUUGGGGGUGGACAGCCCUUGGAAAACCUGACAAAUGGUAUGAACCUUCUCUCCAGGAAAACACACAUACUUCUGUAGACCCAAGAAUCUGUAAGCGAGUGCAGAGCGCCUGGACCUCCUGGCCAGGAAGCCCGGCCCAGGACCUACCCUGCCGCGCCCUCCUCACCUGCGCUCCAUCCCUGGACAGGGCCACCCCAUGAGGAGCACUGCUCCCCCCCUGCUGAACUGCCCUCCCCUCACUCAGGAAUAAAGAAUUCCGAGGAGGGGGA